AUAAGUUUCCAUAUUUUACUUAUAAAUAGAUGAAAUUAGCUUAUAAAAUUGGAUUGAGAGCGUUUGAUUUUCGCAGAAACUUGACGAAAUAAUCUGACUUGAGUCUUAGAUUGAGAGAAUUGAGAGAGUAGUAUUAAACAAACCCUUCGAUUAGUCGUAUUAGUCCACUGUAGUUGUAAAAUUUCACCGGAAAAAUGAGGAUUACGAUAAAGGGAGGUGUGUGGAAGAACACAGAAGAUGAAAUUCUCAAGGCUUCGGUUAUGAAAUAUGGGAAAAACCAAUGGGCAAGAAUUUCUUCUUUGUUGGUCAGGAAAUCGGCCAAACAGUGCAAGACACGCUGGUAUGAGUGGCUGGAUCCCUCAAUCAAAAAGACUGAGUGGACCCGAGAAGAAGAUGAGAAGUUAUUGCAUUUGGCGAAACUGAUGCCUACCCAGUGGAGGACGAUUGCCCCUAUUGUCGGGCGUACUCCAUCACAGUGCUUGGAGAGAUAUGAAAGGCUUUUGGAUGCAGCCUGUGCCAAGGAUGAGAACUACGAACCUGGUGAUGACCCGAGAAAAUUGCGUCCUGGAGAGAUUGAUCCUAAUCCGGAAUCGAAGCCUGCUCGUCCUGAUCCUGUAGAUAUGGAUGAAGAUGAAAAGGAGAUGCUGUCUGAAGCUCGGGCUCGGUUAGCCAACACUAGGGGUAAGAAGGCAAAAAGGAAAGCCCGAGAGAAACAGCUUGAAGAGGCUCGCAGGCUUGCUUCAUUGCAGAAAAGAAGAGAGCUUAAAGCUGCUGGAAUUAACCUUCGCCAUAAGAAGAGAAAGAGAGGAGGAAUAGAUUACAAUGCUGAAAUACCUUUUGAAAAGAGACCUCCACCUGGCUUUUAUGAUAUUGCUGAUGAAGAUCGACCUGCUGAAUUAGUCAAGUUUCCAACAACGAUUGAGGAGUUGGAAGGUGAAAGAAGAGUUGACAACGAGGCUCGAUUGAGGAAGCAGGACAUCGCAAGAAAUAAAAUAGCAGAGAGGCAGGAUGCUCCGUCUGCAGUUUUGCAAGCAAAUAAACUCAAUGAUCCUGAGCCAGUUCGCAAAAGGUCCAGGUUAAAUCUCCCAGCCCCACAGAUUCCUGACCAUGAGUUGGAGGCAAUUGCUAAGAUGGGAAGUGCUAGUGAUAUUCUUGGGAAUGAAGAACUUACAGAAGGAAACGCUGCAACACGUUCUCUUCUUGCAAGUUAUGCCCAGACUCCGAGACAUGGCUUCACUCCAGGGAGAACCCCUCAAAGGACUCCUGCAGGCAAACAGGAUGCCAUUAUGAUGGAAGCAGAGAACCAGCGGAGGUUGACUUUGUCUCAGACUCCGUUGCUUGGUGGGGAUAAUCCGAUGCUGCACCCUUCAGACUUUUCUGGGGUGACUCCCAAGAGAAAGCAUAUUGCAACACCAAAUCCUCUAAUGACUCCGUCUGCUACUCCUGGAGGCCCUGGUCUCACUCCCAGAAUCGGGAUGACACCCACACGUGAUGUAUAUGCUGUUGGUUUGACUCCAAAAGGAACUUCAAUGAGGGAUGAGCUGCGCAUAAAUGAAGAUAUUGAUAUGCUUGACAGUUCCAAACUGAGACAGUCUGAUUCAAAAAAGGAACUCAUUUUCAGUCUGAAAAAUCUCCCACAACCCAAGAAUGACUACCAGAUAGUUAUUCAGCCAUUGGCUGAAGAGGAUGAAGAACCUGAAGAGAAGAUCGAGGAAGACAUGUCGGAUAGAAUUGCUAGAGAGAAGGCUGAGGAAGAAGCAAGGCAACAAGUAUUACUCAAGAAAAGGUCAAAAGUACUGCAGAGGGAGCUGCCAAGACCUCCUGUGGUUUCGUUGGACCUCAUUAGAAACACUUUGAUGAGAGCUGAUGAAGACAAGAGUUCUGUUGUUCCAUUAACUUUAGUUGAGCAGGCUGAUGAAUUAAUAAGAAAGGAGCUUUUGUCUUUGUUAGAGCAUGAUAAUAUUAAAUAUCCCCUGGAUGAGAAAGCAACAAAGGAGAAGAAGAAAGGAAAACGUGCUGCAAAAGAGAAUUCUGUAGAUGUGCCAACAAUUGACGAGUUUGAAGAAGAUGAACUGAAAGAGGCAGAUAAACUAAUAGAAGAUGAGGUCCAAUAUCUACGUGUUGCUAUGGGCCAUGAGAAUGAAUCUUUUGAAAGCUAUGUGGAAGCACAUAAAGCAUGCUUAGAUGAUAUGAUGUACUUCCCUACACGUGAUGGCUUCGGUCUAGCAAGUGUUGCCACCCAUGCGGAGAAACUUUCCUCCCUGCAGAAUGAAUUUGAACAUGUGAAGAAGAUGGAAGAUGAGACUAAAAAAGCACAACGGCAUGAGCAGAAGAUUAAAGUUCUAACUAAUAGUUAUCAGAUGAGGUGUAACAAACUUUGGGCACAAGUGGAGACAACCUUCAAGCAGAUGGACGCUGCGGGAAUCGAGCUAGAAUGCUUCCAAGCUUUGAGUAAGCAAGAAACUCUAGCGGCAACAUACAGGAUCAGCAACCUCAGGGAAGAGGUUCAGAAGCAGAAGGAUCUCGAGCGCACUUUACAGAAACGGUACGGCGAUCGGAUGGCUGAACUAGAAAGAGUUCAGCAUUUGGUAAAUGCACAUAGACUGCAAGCAGAAAGGGAUCUUGAAAACGCUGCAAAAGACAGCGACACUACCAUGGAUGCCAUUGACGUAGCAUUGCAAGAGCCCGAUGCAGCUGAAGCAGCUGUCACCAAGGACACAGUCGAGGUGGAAUCGAGAUCCAAGGAUGAAAUGAUGUUGCAGAAGAGAAUGCAGCAUCAACCAGUGGUGAGUUGCAAGUAGCAGAGGAGAAUGCAGCAUUAUCCACUGGUAAACCUUUGUAAUUAAAUCCCAGAGAAAAUGAGCCUUGGAUGGGACACUGCCGUCAAAAGAAGAUAGCUGAAGUUUCGAUCUUUGAAAUCUGGAAAAAAUCAAGUUUUUUUUUUUGUAGUGUAAUCAACAGAUAUAUGCGUGACAAACUAGUGUUAAUUCUGGAUAAGAAAUUGAUUAGCAUUGUAAAGAAAAUUUUGACUAUAUAAUCGGAUUUGAAUCUUCAAAGUAAAUCUUACUGAAAAAAAAGGAUGUUCGGUUUCUAAA